GCGCUUCAGCCAUUCAGACUAGACAGUUCUGUCCCGUGUACGUCACGUGAUCAUUCCAACAUGGCUCUCGGCUCCACUCCGUCUAAAGCUGCACAAUAGCAACAUGACGAUAUUUCAUUAUAUUGACUUCGUUUUAUUUUUACGAUUGCCUGAAUAAGUCGAGACAAACGCUCCAAGAUGAAGCUCCGAGUACAACUGCAGUGCAAGAACCUUCACGAAUACCUGAAGGAACUGAGUCCAGACAUCCUCGACAGACUGUACAACCACCCAGCUACAUGUCUCGCUGUUUACAGGGAGCUUCCAUCUCUGGCAAAGAAUUACGUGAUGCGAAUGCUGUUCCUGAAUCACGCCCUCCCGCAAGCAGCCGUGGCAUUGUGGGUCAAAAAAGACAGCCAAAUGGAUCACGACAAGUGUGUAUCCAUGCUGACUGGACUGAGACUGUGGCACAGCCAGCAGCUGCAGGGAGGCCUUCAGGGCAUCGUGCUUAACCCUGUGUUCAAAGAUAACCUGAGGAUUGCACUGCUUGGAGGAGGUAAGCCGUGGGCAGAUGAGGGCAGCAGUCUCGGCCCUGAUCGGCAUGCAAGGGACAUAGAGAGCCUGGAUCGCUACGCCAUGGAGCGUUGGGAGGUCAUCCUACACUUCAUGGUGGGCUCCCCGAGCGCCGCGGUCAGCCAGGACCUCGCUCAGCUUCUCAUCCAGGCCGGCCUCAUGAAGAGUGAGGCUGGUGAAGCGCCGUGCAUCACUUCAGCUGGCUUUCAGUUUCUGCUACUCGACACGGCCUCUCAGCUGUGGUACUUCACCCUGCAGUACCUCAAAACAGUGCAGUCUAGAGGGAUGGACCUCGUGGAGAUUCUUUCCUUCCUGUUUCAGCUGAGUUUCUCCACCCUCGGCAGGGACUAUUCUGUUGAAGGCAUGAGCGAGUCUCUGCUGACGUUCCUACAGCACUUGCGAGAGUUCGGCCUGGUUUUUCAGAGAAAGAGGAAGUCGAGGAGGUACUACCCCACUAGACUGGCCAUAACGCUGGCUGCCGGAGUCACUGCCAACUCUUCAUCUUCCUCUUCCUCCUCCUCCACGUACUCUACCGAUCUGACUCUUUCCUCAGGAACAGGAGACUCGGGUUUCAUUGUGGUAGAAACCAACUACCGCGUGUACGCAUACACAAACUCGGAGCUGCAGAUCGCUCUGGUUGCUCUCUUCAGCGAGAUGCUCUAUCGGUUUUCUAACGUGGUUGUGGCGCAGGUCACCAGAGAGUCUGUGCAGCAGGCUAUUGCUAACGGCAUCACAGCACAACAGAUCAUCCACUUCCUGAGGACCAGAGCACAUCCUGUUAUGUUCAAACAGACGCCGGUACUUCCUCCAACCAUCACAGAUCAGAUCAGACUGUGGGAGCUCGAAAGAGAUCGGCUGCAGUUUACGGAAGGCGUAUUGUACAACCAGUUCCUGUCACAGGCUGAUUUUGAGGUUCUGCGCGAUAGAGCUCAGGGUUUGGGAGUGUUGGUGUGGCAGAAUCCACAGCACAGGGUCAUGGUGGUGACGCCACACGGACACAGCGAGGUUAGGAGGUUCUGGAAGAGACAGAAGAGUCACACGUAGGACGAGGCGGACUCCACAGGAGUCAGGCGGUGCCUUUAUGUACUUCAUGUGCUGUACAUAUGCACUUAGGACAUUUCACAUGAUCUGAACUGUACGGAUUGAAGAGUUGGAAUGAGAAUAAGUAUAAGAUAAUAUGAAAUAUUUUGCACUUCAAUAAAAGGUGUUGGUUCAUUUAUUCAUUUUCUUGGCAUUACAGCUUCUCUUGUGCUUUUAUGUAUGAUGUACCUUAGUAGUUAAAUAUUGUUAGAUGUGAAGAAACACAGCAAGCAUUUGCAAUCAAGCAAGGUUUUGGGUUUCUUAGGGUUCAAGCACAAGCACCAUCAACCUGCCCUGUCAAAGCCCUUAAUCCUCCUGGGAUAUGCGAAGAAAAGAGUCCCGAUCACUGUAUUUUAUAUGUGACAAAUAAAGGCUUCCUUCUUCUCCAGUGA